CGACUCUCACUUCACUCCCAGUCUCUACAGAGGAGAACAGCAGGAGAACAGCUCAGGAUACCCACCAGGACAAGAGACUAACUUCGGGACGAGAGAAACUCCGCUGCAGGAAUCUAGCAGCAUCAACUUUACACUCUUUCUCCCCCCAAAAAAACUCCUCCUCACACAAGUUUAUAGCGCUGCUGGAAGACAUCACAGACAGCCUUGCUAUCAAGACACUUGGAGUGAUUUUACCCAAAAGAACAAGGAUGGCGUGGAUGUGUGGAUGUUAUGGUGUGGUGUUGCUGGUCUUGGGUGUGAUGGGACAGAAGCUGCCCACGCGUGAUGAAGGCCUCUUUCAGAUGCAGAUCAGGGAUAAAGCUCUGUUUCAUGACUCUUCUGUCAUGCCAGAUGGGGCCGAGAUCAGUGGAUACCUGUUCAGGGAUACACCGAAAAGGUAUUAUUUCGUGGUGGAGGAAGACAACACUCCUCUGCUGGUGACGGUGACACCUUGCGAUGCUCCUCUUGAGUGGAGAUUGACGUUGCAGGAGCUCCCAGAGGACCGCAGUGGAGAAGGAUCAGGUGAGCCAGAACCUCUGGAACAGCAGCAACAGCAGCAGGUCACGGCCAAUGAGGGUACCGAACUAUUUAACUACAAAGGAAAUGAUGUCGAGUCAUUCAUCUCCACCAGCUCCCCUUCGGGCUUGUACCAGAUGGAAAUCAUCUCCACCGAAAAGGACAGCAACUUCAAGAUUUACUCGACCACAACUCCUGAGUCCGACCAGCCAUACCCCGAACUGCCUAACGACCCCAGGGUUGAUGUUACCGCGCUGGGUCGCACCACUGUCACACUAGCCUGGAAGCCCACUCCUACUGGCUCCGUACUGGGCCAGCCGAUCCAGUACUGUGUGGUUAUUAACAAGGAGCACAACUUCAAGAGCUUGUGUGCCGCAGAGGCCAAGAUGAGCUUGGAUGAUGCCUUCAUGGUCGCGCCAAAACCCGGCCGGGACUUCAGCCCCUUUGACUUUGCUCAUUUUGGUUUCAUCCCAUCUGAGAAUGAUUUCAAUAAAGAUCGUUCCCUCACCACCAACAGAGCUCUGAGCAACAAGAUGAGUCGCACUUACAUCCCCAAGCCAAAAGUGGCAGACAUACAAAAAAUCUGCAUAGGCAACAAGAAUAUUUUUACCGUGACAGACCUAAAGCCAGACACGCAAUUUUACUUUGAUGUGUUCACCGUCAACACGGGCACCAACAUGAGCACUGCGUACGUGGGCACUUUUGCCCGGACCAAGGAAGAGGCCAAGCAGAAGACGGUGGAGCUCAAGGACGGGAAAGUAACGGACGUCUUCAUUAAGAGGAAAGGCAGCAAAUUCCUUCGUUUUGCGCCGGUCUCGUCUCACCAGCGCGUCACGCUCUUUGUGCAUGCCUGUCUGGACGCGGUGCAAGUUCAGGUGCGGCGCGAUGGGAAGCUCGUCCUCUCUCAGAACGUGGAGGGCGUCCGUCAGUUCCAGCUCCGCGGAAAGCCCAAAGCCAAGUACCUGAUCCGUCUGCGGGGGUCCCGCAAGGGCGCCUCCACCUUGAAAGUGCUGGCUAGCACACGUGCCGGAGGCAAGCAACCUUUCCCCGCGCUUCCCGAGGAUACCCGUAUCAAGGCUUUCGAUAAGUUGCGUACCUGUUCUUCCGUCACCGUGGCUUGGCUUGGCACGCAGGAGCGCAACAAGUACUGCGUCUACAAACGCGAGGUUUCGGAAAGUUACGGCGAAGAGCAUCGGCGCCGAGAGCAGAACCAGUGCGCCGGACCGGAGAGCCGUCGCAAAUCCGAGAAAGUGCUUUGCAAGUACUUCCACAGCGCCAACCUGCAGAAAGCCGUCACCACGGAGACCAUAACGGGCCUCGAGGCGGGAAAGAGCUACCUCCUGGACGUUUACGUGGUGGGACACAGCGGGCACUCAGUCAAGUACCAGAGUAAACUGGUGAAAACAAGGAAGUACUGUUAAAAAAAGAGACUCCGAAGCACAGACUCUGCACAGAAGUAAAUAUAUUAUAUAUAUAAUGAGAAAAAAGAAGUUUAUUUAACUCGAAGUGAUAUUCUACUAAGGAGAGUUUUGCAGACUGACUACUUGCGCACAAUGCUAAUGCUAACGCUGCAUGUGUCGCAGUUACUGAACUGCCUGUAGAGUGAGAUAUCCACCUCUGUAUUUAUGUUUACAUUACCGAGUCGAGUCAGGCGCUCUCAAUCGACCUUAGGCACCUGAAGGUUUGUUCUCAGGGGGUGCCAUCGCUGUUGCAAUGCAAAGAGUCCCUGUACUGCAUCCUCAAUGCCAUGGAAAUAGGAGUUUGGAGGAGUUGCGGUUCUCUUUUCGCCACUGCAUGCACCAUUCGUCUGCCUUACGUUCUGUUUGUUGGUUCAUUACGCCAGCCAUCGCAGAGGUACCUCCAUGGCUCCUUCUCUCCGCUCUCCUGCCCUGUAUUAAAACAUGGUUUAGAAGACUUUUUUAAAUUAUUUCAUACUUCUUAAUGUUUUAUUUUUUUAACUGGUAUUUUUUGUUGUUGUUGUUGUUGUUAUUGACAACAAUUAUUAGUGGUAAAAAAGUGUUUAAAUCUAUAUGAAAGUCAACGUUGUUUCCCCACUGUCAUUUUGUGUGUGUAUAAUCUCAGUUUGUGAAUCUGGUGUGUGUAAAUGUGUCUCAUCUCUUUGUCACAUGUACAGAUUUUCUCUGCCAAUAUUCAUGUACAUAAAACACUAAAUAUAAACAUCUGUAAUCCCAGUGA